GGGACCAGGGACAGGGGCUCAUUCAAACCUGGGGAACAGAAGGGAUGAGACCCUGGACCUACAGGCUCAAUGGACAGGGUGCUCCCCUGUUAUCCCAGCACUUAGGAAGCUGAGGCAGGAGGAUCUUACAAUUGGGCACCAGCUGGGGCUACAUAGUGAGUUUAGCCUGGGUGACACAGUAAGACCUGUCUCAAAACUCAAAUAAAAAAAAAAAAAUCCUCAAAUACAAAAACUGGGAGUGGGCAACAGGCGCGUGGCAGGACCAUCAGAGCACACGGGGAGGGAGGCGCCUGGGUUGCGGGGACCUGAUGUCCCAGCCGAGCCCUGCCCCCACCCCGCGUUCGUCUGCAGCGGACACGAGAUGGAUGGCGGUGACGCGGGGCCCGGGGCGCUCAAGGCCCAGCCACCCCCGCACCGACGGUCCGGGAGGGGUGGCAGAGAUAAAGGCGCUCAGAUAGCCGGGACCAGGUGCUGCGGUGGCGGGGACGCGAUGAGCCAGGAGGACCCGAGCCUCGCGAGCGUGGCUGCAGCCUACCGGCGCUUCGAGCCCGCGGCCUACCUGCGCAACAACUAUGCGCCCCCGCGGGGUGACCUCAGCUGCCCAGACGGCGUGGGGCCCUGGAAGCUGCGCUGCCUGGCGGAGACCUUCGCCACGGGGGAGGUGACUGGACGCACCCUCAUUGACAUUGGCUCAGGCCCGACCGUGUACCAGCUGCUCAGUGCCUGUGCCUACUUUGAGGACAUCACCAUGACGGAUUUCCUGGAGGUCAACCGUCAGGAGCUGGGGCGCUGGCUGCGUCAGGAGCCGGAGGCCUUCGACUGGAGCGCGUACAGCUGGCAUGCAUGCUUGCUGGAGGGCCGGGGUGACUCCUGGCAGCACAGGGAGCAGCAACUGCGGGCCCGGGUGAAGCGCGUGCUGCCCAUUGAUGUGCACCAGGCCCAGCCCCUGGGCGCCGCCUGCCUUGUGCCCCUGCCCGCCGAUGCCCUGGUCUCCACCUUCUGCCUGGAGGCUGUGAGCCCUGACCUGGCCAGCUUCCGCCGGGCUCUGGGCCACAUCACCACGAUGCUGAGGCCCAGGGGGCACCUGCUCCUCAUCGGGGCCCUGGAGGAGUCGUGGUACCAGGCUGGCGAGGUCAGGCUGCCGGUGGUGCCCAUGAGUGCGAUGACAGUGCGGGAGGCCCUGGUACACGGUGGCUACGAGGUCCGGGACCUGCGCACCUAUACCAUGCCAGCACACCUCCGAACCGGCGUGGACGAUGUCCAGGGCAUCUUCUUCGCCUGGGCCCAGAAGAAGGCAGGGGUGGAAGUGUGAGGCCCAGGGCACCCCCAGAUACCCCAUUACCCAAAGUGGCACCUAAUAAAGAAAUUGCUCUUGCUCUGA